UGGUUUCGGCAUUUUGGGAAACAGUUGGGUCGCGUAAAAAGCUUUUCAUGUGAGAACCUUUUCUUUUCUUGUGCUGAGCCUUAAAAAAAAGAUGCAGUCCAUCCGAGACUUGAAGGCCAACUUCAGCGGCCCCCCUCCCACCUCCAUGGCUGCCAACCCCGAUGCCUAUCUCCAGGGCAACAUCAGGAUGACUCUGGACGACAACGAGCUCUGGAGGAGUUUCCACGGCAUUGGGACAGAGAUGAUUAUCACAAAGCCAGGCAGGAGGAUGUUUCCGCACUGCAAGAUCAGUCUAUCUGGUCUCAUUCCCUGCGCCAAGUACAUCUUACUGGUGGACAUGGUCCCCGAGGACGGUUUCAGGUACAAGUGGAAUAAAGAGAAAUGGGAGGUGGCGGGAAAAGCGGAGCCUCAGCCUCCCUGCAGGACGUAUCUCCACCCGGACUCUCCCGCCCCGGGGAGUCACUGGAUGAAGCAAUCCAUCUCCUUCCUCAAGCUCAAGCUCACCAACAACACGCUGGAUCAGCACGGCCACAUCAUUCUGCACUCCAUGCAUCGCUACCACCCGCGCUUCCACGUGGUGCAGGCCGACGACCUGUUCAGCGUCCGCUGGAGCGUCUUCCAGACCUUCACCUUCCCCGAGACGUCCUUCACCGCCGUCACGGCCUACCAGAACACCAAGAUCACAAAGCUGAAGAUCGACCACAACCCAUUUGCGAAGGGCUUCAGGGACGAGGGCACGAGCAAGAAGAGCAGACGUGCCAGCAAGAACCCAGCGUCCCUGGAGAAGAGAGCCAAGACGUCAGAUCUCCUCAACGACGACUCCAAAGAGGAACAUUCACCAGACUUCUGCCAGUCAACGUUUGACGGCUACGAGGGAGAUGAUGGAGAGCUGCCCAGGAGGAAAGAAGAGGACGCCGUCAAAGACGAGCGUUUCUCUCCGUGGGGCGCGGAGAGGGAGCCGAGCGCGAGGACGGACUCCCCCGCCGCCGUGGACACGAGAGACCUGUACAACGCAGAGCAGCUGGUUCCUGCUCCGGCCUCCUACCAGCCCUACAGGGUUCACGGGUACGGGAAGUCCCCGUCCCCGUCCUCCAGCAGCGCCGGCGGGACCGGGGGGUCGGGGCGCAGCAGCUUCGAGUCCCGGGUCCCCGACGUGGCCACGGUCCCCGACCACGAGUCCACCAAGUCGCGCAGCAACGAGGCCGCCCUCCCCCACGGCGGGCUGCCCCCCCCGGGCCCCCAGGACUACACGGGGGUUCUCAACAUGAGCAUGGCCCAGGCCGGCAAGCCCGGGGUCAUCGGCCACCACAUCUACGGCCCCUACGGAGCAGAGCAGCCCCUGGGCCAGUGGAGCGGGCCCGGGCCGGCCCAGUACCCGCCGCCCCACCACCUCACCCACGACUACACCUCACAGGCCGUGCACCACGGAUAUCACCAUGGCAACGUGGCCGAGUGGAGCCAGUACCCGCUGUUCUCCUACUCCUGCUGGUGACGGGCCGGUGGUGACGGGCCGGUGCACCGACAGACAGGGGCGUCAAUUGGGUAUGGCAAGGUCUGGCAGCCGCCACACCUUUGCUUCAAGGGUUAAAUGUAAAUGUUUGUUUUUUUAAAUACAUUUAUGGAAUAACUACAAAUGCAAAUAAGAACAACAUGAUCG